AAGGGGGAAAUAAAGGCCUAGUAGGAAAGUGAUAUCUUUUUCUUCCCACAAAGAUUUCUCUGGCAGUUUCUCGGAUUCGCGAUCAAGAUCUCUUCGUUUUCAUUUGGGAAGAAUUGGCUUCUGGAGACAAGUUUUUGGAUUAACACCUGUUUCAUAAGCUUUUAAUCGACAUGUCAAGUGGACCGGUGAGAAGGGUAUCGCGUCAAGAUAUACAGUUGGUCCAAAACCUUAUAGAACGAUGUCUCCAACUGUACAUGAACCAGAAAGAAGUCGUUGACACUCUACUGGAGCAGGCUAAGAUAGAGCCUGGUUUUACAGAACUAGUUUGGCAGAAGCUUGAAGAAGAGAAUCGGGAUUUUUUCAAGGCUUAUUAUCUUAGGCUGACGGUGAAGCACCAGAUAAUGGAAUUCAACAAGCUGCUUGAGCAGCAGGUGCAGCUCAUGCGUCAGCUUCAUCCAACUGGAGUUGCUCCUGUUCAAACUACAAAUGGUUCUUACAUUCAAUCAGUGAACCAAAAGCACGUAAGCUAUGCAUCAGAGCACGUGGAUCAAUCGAUGAAGUCAGAAAAUGCGCGAAAUCCAAUGGCUUCUGGUCUGACCAAUGCAUUCCUCAAUGGAGGCUCAUUGUUGAACGUGAAUAUCCCGUCUUCUGUGGACUUAUCAACUCAUUCUAGCAGAGUUGAUGCUCCUCCUCCAAACAUGAUCUCCUCACAGGUAACCAGCGUGCCUCUGAUGCAAGGAAUGAAUGGAGGAAUGAUAAAAUCUGAGGCUGGUUAUUCGGCAUGUGGUCAGUACAUGUACGGUGGUGAAAAUCGGAAUACCCUUGAAGCACAUUCUUCCGUAGGAGAUGCUUCUGUUGCAUCUUUCAGUACUGAAUCCAACAACCAACCUCUCAACGACCCACUUCUCGAUUCAGACACUUCUACUUUCGGGUUUUUAGGGCAAAUUCCUCGGAACUUCAGCCUUUCUGAUCUGACAGCUGAUUUCUCCCAGAGUUCAGACAUUCUGGAGAGCUAUGAUAGAUCACCCUUUCUUGUGACUGAUAAUGGGAACUUUCUGGACUCCAGUGAAAGGGGAGAGUACCAAGGGGACAACAAGAGAUUGGAGACAAUAUCUGAAGGCUUCAGUUAUGAAAACCUCGGAAGCGAAUGAGUAGCAACGACAGGUUUUUUUUCCAUCUCUCUCGACGUAGGAGGAAGGGGGGCUUUUGUGUACAGAGAUUCUAAGAAUCUACAAACAUAGCUUUUGGAACCUUUCACGCUUGUUUUUUUUUUAAAGACUUAUUGGGUGGGUGUAUAAUAGGGUCACUAACGUUGUUCUUAUUUAGUAUGAGGACUUUAUUAGUUAUUAUUUUUCGUAUAAACUGUGUUUUUUUUUUUGUUUUUCUUUUUGACAAAAUGUUCAUUUCUCCUUUUAGGGUUUGCCUCACAAGAAGACACACUUUCAGUGGACACUUUGGGAUUAAAUUCAUGCUCUUUUGUUUGAUGCUGAUUUUGUGGAUUUUCCACCAAACCAAACCAUUCCACCUAAAUUUUGGGACGAGAAUUCCAUUCAUUUGUGUUAUUGACUUUAAUGGUUAGGUGUAAAUUUCGAGUG